CCCGCAGCGGGCGUCGCUCAGUUCUCCUGUCUGUCACCUGAUUCAUCUCAAAAUUUGAAAAAAAAAUAGAGCCUUCUUUUUUCCGUAAGGAAAGUGCUACUCACCUUCUGUUUAAUCUUCGUAAUCCUGAUCCUCCUUUAAGUUAUCCCUUAACUUAUUAUCACUUCGGAGACGCAUUUGAGCGACUUGAGGAAAACCACUGGUCGGGAUGGCGGACGAGGACUUGACUUUGAAGGGCAUCGGCCAUCUUCUGUACACUGACCUGCUGCCACUCAACAGGGAUGGGACAGACAUCAGCAUGAAGUUCCUGGAGGCAGUGGUGAAGAAGACGUGUCUGCCCUUUGUGGCAUCUGAUUUUGACAGGACUCAAAAGGUGGUGGAUUUUCACCAGCCUGAUGAAAUGCUGAACCUGGUGGACAUGCACAUCCCUGAUGAUCCCAGGGACCUGGAUUCAUUGCUGUAUGACUGUCACCAGGCUCUGCACUACCAGGUCAAGACAGGACACCCUCACUACUUGAACCAGCUGUCCUGUGGACUGGACCUGGUGUCUCUGGCUGGUGAAUGGGUCACUGCAUCUGCCAACACCAACAUGUUCACCUAUGAAAUAGCACCUGUGUUCAUCCUGCUGGAGAAUGUGGUGCUGCGGAAAAUGAGGGAGGUGAUUGGCUACAAAGGAGGGGACUCCAUCUUGUGUCCUGGUGGCACUGUGUCCAAUAUCAAUGCAGUGCUCUGUGCCCGCUACAAGCACUUUCCUGAGUGUAAAACCAAGGGGGUACAUGGACUGCCUUGUCAGCCUGUGCUCUUCACCAGUGAGCACAGCCACUAUUCCAUCAAAACUGCUGCAUCUGCAGCUGGUUUGGGGACAGAUAAUGUGGUGGAGGUAAAGACAGAUGCCAAGGGUAAGAUGAUCCCAGAGGAGCUGGAGAAACAGAUUGUGGCUUGUCUCAAUUAUGAAGGCCCUGUGAAGAAGAAGCCCUUCUUUGUCAACUGCACUUGUGGCACAACUGUGUUGGGGGCCUUUGACCCUGUGGAACCAAUUGCUAACAUCUGUGCCAAAUAUGGGCUCUGGCUCCACAUUGAUGCUGCCUGGGGAGGUGGACUGCUAUUAUCUGAAAAGUACAGAGCUGAGAGAUUCCUUGGAGUGGAGAGGGCUGAUUCUGUGACUUGGAACCCCCACAAACUCAUGGGCUGCUUGUUGCAAUGCUCCACUGUUCACCUCAAAGAAGAUGGAAUAUUGAUGAACUGCAAUCAAAUGAACGCCGAGUACUUGUUCCAAGACGACAAGCAGUACUACGACUGUCGCUUCGACACCGGCGACAAGGUCAUCCAGUGCGGGCGCCACAACGACAUCUUCAAGCUGUGGCUCAUGUGGAGAGCCAAGGGCAUGUCCGGCUUCCGGCGCCACAUAGACGGCCUCAUGGCCACCGCCGAGUACAUGACGGAGCAGCUCAAGGCGGACACUUCUGGCCGCUUUGUGCUGUUGUGGCCUGAGCCAGAGUGUGUCAACAUCUGCUUCUGGUCAGUCCUCUUUUGUUUUGGGGUUUUAUUUGUAUCAUUAUAUUUUUUGUUUUAG